UUUCAUUUGGAGUGUUGCGGUUCAUACGUAUUUUGCGCUACAAUCCUAGUACCAUGAGAAGGACAGCUGUAAUAAAUGCCAUACUUUAAAUGAGCAUUUAGAUAACCACUUGAGUCUAAAUUCAUUCAAGUUUGGAAAAGACAAGUAACUUUUCUGUGUCGAGAUCAGGAUUCCUUUUAUCAUCAAUCCAUUCGAACUGAGUCAACACAUUAGAAAUGAGUACUGAGAAUGCUUCAAAAAAUUGGGAGCUUACUUUGUAUGAAUUACAUCGUAAACCACAAGAGCCUAUUACCGAUGGAACAGUUAUUGCUGUUAGUCCAAGAAGCUUAAAGAGUGAACUAAUGUGUCCAAUAUGUUUGGAUAUAUUAAAAGUGACUAUGACAACGAAAGAAUGCUUACAUCGUUUUUGUUCUGAAUGUAUUAUCACCGCUCUUCGUAAUGGUAACAAAGAAUGUCCAACAUGUCGUAAAAAGUUGGUGUCCAAAAGAUCGUUAAGAAGAGAUCCAAAUUUCGAUGCGUUAAUUUCAAAAAUUUAUCCAAGUCGUCAAGAGUAUGAAGCACAUCAAGAUAAAAUUUUAGCACGUUUAAAUCGUCAACAUUUAAGUGCAGCAUUGACAAGAUCAUUGGAACAACAAUUAGGCUUAAAUGGCAACAACAAUACUACUGCCAAUAAUAGUAAUGGCAGUAGAUCACGAAAUUCAACCAACACUGGACGUAAUCAAACACUAGUCAAUAGUAAUGCUGGUAACGGCGGAACAAGUGAAGUACAUACAGAUGCUGGAAUAAGUGAAGAAGAAACACCGUCAAAUUUUAUGAGUAAUGGUGCUUGUUCAACAAGACGUGUCUCAUCUACAUCACAUCAAUUAACUAAUAAUUCGGAUACGGAAAGUGGAAUGGAUACAAAUUCAAUUGGCGAAAAUAGUUCUGUAUCCGAUUUACCAGUUUUGCAUUAUCGUAAUAAUACAUCAACUGCUUCUUCUAUGUUUACUACAACUGCUGGCGGUGCUGGUGAUUCAAAUCAUCCUCAUACUCAAUACAAUUGUUCCAUGGAUCGUAAUAUUAUUAAUAACAAUGAUAAUAGUAGUAGUAUUCUGCAUAAUAAUAAUAAUAAUUCAACUUCAUCUAUGUUAUCACCAUCUGUAUUUCCUGAAAUUGAAGUUUUAUUGAAACCACAUCCACGUUAUUCUUCGCAGUAUACCGCUUCUACUGCUAUGGUGUCAUCUACUUCAUGUAGUCCAUCUACAUCAACAGGACAUCGUAAUAACAAUAAUGCUAACAGUAGUAAUGGUAAUAGUAACCCUAAUAGUAAUUACAAUGACCAAGGAAAUGGCUUAAUCAAAUAUCUUAAAGCUCCGACAAUAACUACAGUUGAUCAUUUAUGUAGAUAUUUAACUGUACGUAUUAAUCUUCAAAGAAUAAACAGAGAAGUAUCUGAUGAAAGUGUUCGAUUCAUCUUAUACAGUUAUCAUGAAAGUACAAAUACUUAUCAAUUAUUAGAUUCCCAUAUGUCCAUUGAAGAAAUUAGUCGUGAUCAAUUUCAUGGAGUGAAUUGUCUUGAUUUAUAUUAUGCACGAGAUGAUAUCUUAGAUGAUAAUAAUAAUAAUAGUAAUAGUAAUAAUAAUAAUCGAUGAAGAAGUACAAAGAAAUACAAAAUUGAAUCAUAAUUUACAGUGAAUAUUGAGCUUCAGAAUUCAUUUAAAUAAUUGUCUAUAUAUGUCAUUCAUCAAUCGCUUAUUAAUAUUGACAUUAUAAACAUUAAUAGUUAUGACAACAACAACACUAACAACAACGCUGUCUCCCAUCAAUACAGUUAUAAAUUAUUUUUAAUGAUAUAUUUCUCUCUCAUUAUUACUCUUUAUAUAUAUUUGUUUGUAGUAUUUGACCGUUUUGUUGUGUUGUCUCCUUUGAUUUGAUUUCUUGGCUUUAGUUUUGUUAAUUUUCAUUUUGUUUGUUUUACUAUUGUGUUAUAUGUGUUUUGUGUAGUACCAAUCAUUAGUAGAUGACUGCCUACUAUUAAAAGCGACGUGUUGCAUCUAAUUAUUUUUAAAAAAAUGUAAUUAUGUUUCUUAUCUAAAAAGUUGUAAAUAUAUUUACUUUUGCACGGAUCAUCUUGGGUACUACUGAUAAACUAAGUUUUAGUAAUCUACAACUGAUACUGAAAAAAAUGUUAACAAAAUAUUUAUGUAUUAUUUAUAAUGAUGACUAAUUUCUGGAAUAUAUUUGUUGUUUUAAUUUAUGAGAUAUAUUCAUUAGUCUUUGACCCAUUGAUCGUUCACUCAUAAUCUUACCUCCUUUUUUGUAUACUUCUUUUCUGCAUACACAUAUAGCUACUUUGUACAGAAUUAUUUCAUUUUAAAAUCGAAAAUGUAUAAAUUUAUUGUUAUUAUUAAUAUACAAAAAUGAUUGUUUAUUAAGCG